AUGUAUCUUGCAACCAUAAUGAUCGUUCUUCUUCUUCAUAUCAUUACAUGUUUCCUCGUGACCGCCACUGCCUCAUCACCUCACGGCUUCACCAUCGACUUGAUCCAGCGUAGCUUCAUUAAUGCAUCUUCUUCUCGACUGUCCAAAACUCAGCUCGGAUCACCUUACGCCGAUACUGUCUACAAUGUCAAUGCCGGCAACUAUCUAAUGAAACUACAAAUAGGUACUCCUCCUUUCGAGAUAGAAGCUGUCUUAGACACAGGAAGUGACCUCAUCUGGACACAAUGUUUGCCUUGUCCUAACUGCUACGACCAGUACGCUCCCAUAUUCGACCCUUCGAAAUCUUUUACCUUCAAAGAGAAAAGAUGUCUCGGACACUCUUGUCCUUACGAGAUUGUCUACGAGGACGGAACCUAUUCCAAGGGAACCUUUGCUACAGAGACGGUCACGAUCCUUUCCACUUCCGGCGAGCCCUUAGUGUUGGCUGAAACCACCAUUGGAUGUGGCCGUGACAACUUCGGGUUCGACCCUAGCAUUUCUGGCAUGGUUGGUCUAGAUUGGGGAUCUUUGUCGCUCAUCUCUCAGAUGGGUGGAGACUUCCUUGGUCUUAUCUCUUACUGCUUAUCUGGUGAAGGAACUAGUAAGAUAAACUUUGGAGCUAACGCUAUCGUGGCAGGAGAUGGGACAGUAGCAGCUGAUAUGUUUAUAAAGAUGGAUCAUCAAAGUUUCUAUUACCUAAACCUAGAUGCGGUCAGCGUUGAGGACACCCGCAUUGAAACAUUGGGGACAACGUUUCAUGCCUUAGACGGGAACAUAAUCAUAGACUCUGGAACAACUUUCACGUAUUUGCCUGGAACCUACUGCUACCAAGUAAGGGAGGCAGUGGCAAAUGUUGUGGUAGCGAGCCAAGUACCUGACCCUGGAAACUCCAACAUGCUUUGUUACAACUCGGACACAAUAGAUAUCUUUCCGGUGAUCACAAUGCAUUUCGCUGGUGGUGCAGAUCUUGUCUUGGAUAAGUACAACAUGUAUGUCGAAACGCAUACGGGAGGAACCUUUUGUUUGACUAUUGUGUGUAAUGAUCCGCCAAAACUUGCCAUCUUUGGGAAUAGAGCACAGAACAAUUUGUUAGUUGGUUAUGAUACUUCUUCACGAGUGGUUUCUUUCAAGCCCACUAAAUGUUCUGCAUUGUGGAACUGA